AUGACUAUCUUGCAUGAAACAAUCAUCACCAAGACCGAUGCUCCGAGACCUCUCGCCGACAAUGUGCUCGCUACAUCUCCCAGCGCACCACAGGACCUUCCAUGUCUCCUCGAGGAACUCCAAGUAGCAGGAGCAUCUUUCCUCCGCGGGGACACGGACGAAAGAUUACAGGUCGUUCAUCUCGCGCAGUCAAUUGUCCAUGCUAUGCGGACACCGCGCGAGACAGUAUUGCAGUAUUCAUUCGCACAAUUCGCAGUAUUCUCAGCGAUCGAAAUCUGUAUUGACCUAGGUAUAUUCUCGAUCCUUACCGGAAGCAAUGGACCCAAGACAGCUCAGGAACUUGCGGAGGAGACCGGCACAGACGCUAGCAUGCUGGCACGAAUUCUCAAACAUUUAGCCGCCAUGAUGGUCAUUGUGGAGACAGGGCCAGAUGAAUACAAGUCCAAUUCCAUAUCGCAGACACUAGCCGUCCGCCGAUACAGCGAUAUGUGGCCAUGCGCCCUAAUCGAUAGAGUCGACUGCAUCCGCGGUGCAGCCCAAGCCCUCCCUACCUGGCUUAAACAGAAUGCCUAUCAAUCCCCUACGAAUGGAAUAGACUGUCCUUUCACAACAGGCUACAACACGAAACUAGCCUUCUACGAAUGGCUGCACGCGAACCCGCACAAUCCCUCCCUGGCCAGUCAAUUCGCCGGCGUAAUGUCGGCCUACCGGCAGAACAGCAAGAGCUGGAUGGACGGCGACUCUUAUCCUCUACACGACCGAUUAAUCUGCGAAGCGCGGACGGGGAAGGAUGACGUUUUUCUCGUAGAUGUUGGUGGAAGUGUAGGACACGAUCUUCUUGAGCUACGGCGGAAAUGGCCUAGUCUUCCGGGGAAAUUGAUAUUACAGGAUUUGCCGGCUGUUGUUGAGAAUGUUGGGAUUUUGGAAGAUAUUCAGGUUAUGGCGUAUGAUUUUUUUACUACGCAGCCGCGUCGUCGGCCAGGGGCACGAGUCUAUUACCUCCAUUCAAUCUUGCAUAACUGGAACGAUGAGAAGUGCCGACAGAUCCUCGCACAGCUCGCUGCGGCAAUGGCCCCGUCGUACAGUGUGUUGUUGAUUCAUGAUAAUGUUAUCCCAGACAUGGGCGCGCAUUGGGAAGCGACUGCCAUGGAUAUUAUGAUGAUGGUUAAUGUGGCGGCUAAGGAAAGGACGAGGGACCAAUGGUCCGCAUUACUGGAGUCGGAGGGUCUGACAGUAGGAGGGAUUUGGACGCUAGGGACUGGUGUGGAGAGUUUGGUUGAAUGUCGGUUGUCCCACAGUGCCUAG